UGUGCGUUGUUGUGCGAUCUUAACCUAAUCUGUACUGAGUUUAUCCUCGUUUGUUGUUGGCUUGAAGUGUGGUGUAGGAGGACAGAUGAGCUUGUUGAUGGGCCAAAUGCUUCACACAUAACACCAUCAGCAUUGGAUAGAUGGGAGGCAAGGCUGGAAGAGCUUUUCCAAGGGAGGCCUUUUGAUAUGCUGGACGCCGCUUUAGCCGAUACCGUUACUAAGUUUCCUGUCGACAUUCAGCCGUUUAAAGAUAUGAUCGAAGGGAUGAGAACGGAUCUAAGAAAGUCGAGAUACACAAAUUUCGACGAACUAUAUCUCUACUGUUAUUAUGUUGCUGGAACAGUUGGGUUGAUGAGUGUUCCUGUGAUGGGCAUUGCACCUGACUCGCAAGCAAGCACAGAGAGUGUGUACAAUGCUGCUUUGGCUUUAGGCAUUGCUAACCAACUUACAAACAUUCUCAGAGAUGUUGGAGAAGAGUAAGUUCACUGCCCUUGUUGACUCUAGUGUAAAGUUUCCUAAGCUGGUUCAUGUCUUAACUAAUCUUAAGUCAGCUCGAUAAUCGUUAAGAACUUA